AGAAGCAGGCUUCCCGUGGAGCAGGGAGCCCGAUGUGGGGCUUGAUCCCAGGACCCUGGGAUCAUGACCUGAGCCGAAGGCAGACACUUAACGACUGAGCCACCUAGGUGCCCCUUCCUCUAUAUUUUGUGUAGUCAUGACUGCAGCCUACCCCUGGGUGCCCACAGAGCCACUGCCACACCAGGUUCUUGAAAGUGGAUUCAUGAGGUGAUGAAAGACUUGGGUGGGGGGUUUUUGCCCACCCACUGGUCCAGACUGUCAAUGGCCUGUCCACCUGUGCCAUCUAUUACGUUCCUGCCGCCCCCAACAUCCGGCCAAGGUCAGGCUUGGUGUUCAUCCUGGAGGGACCUGUCUUGGGGGCGGGCCAGGCAGUCAGACAAGUCUGACAGGUACCUUGGGAAGCUGCGAUCUGAGGGAGUGGUACCAAGACAGCACCCUCCUGCCGGGAGGGGCACCUGGAAGGCAGCUGGUGGUAGGCAGAGGACGGGUCAGAACUGGCAGGGACGUGCCAGCCAGAGGGAGGAGGCACCGACAGGUCCGGUCCGGAUGCCCUGCCCUCGGCCUCCCUGGCUUCGCCGCCUCCGGGCCCCUCAGGGCUCAGGUCCCAGCCCCCUGGGCUCGCUCUCCGCGCCCCGCUCCCCCGGCGGGGAGGAGGGCGAAGUCGACGGCGGCCAGGAGGAAGAGGAAGGGGACGGCAGCCCGGGCUCCGGCCCCAUCCUGACCCCCGCGCCCUCCGGGGACUGUCUCAUCUGUGUGUCACCCUUCGACGGCGUUUUCAAGCUGCCCAAGCGCCUGGACUGCGGCCACGUCUUCUGCCUCGAGUGCCUGGCUCGCCUGUCCCUGGCCACGGCGGGUGGCGGCGACGCGGUGGCCUGCCCCGUGUGCCGCGCGCCCACGCGCCUGGCCCCGCGCGGAGGGCUGCCCGCGCUGCCCACGCAGCCCGGCCUGCUGCCCCGCGCCGCGCGCCCGCCGCUGCGGCGCCAGGGCUCGGUGCGCUUCGACCGCCGCCGCGGCCUGCUCUACCUGCGGCCGCCGCCGCCGCCGCCCGGACCGCGCAAGGGCCGCGCCGCGCGCCCGCCGCCGCCCCCGCCGCCGCUGCGCCUCGGCCGCCCGCUGUCUCGCCGCCUAUCCUUCUCCAGCCCGGCCUGGGCCUUCAACGCGGCAGUGGCGCUGGCGGUGCUGGUGGCCGCGGGCCUCGUCGUCUCGGGUGUCUACAUCUUCUUCCUCAUCCCCCACGCCGCCGCCUCCGGCCCCGUGCGGCCCCAGCUCGUGGCGCUCGCCCCGGCGCCCGGGUUCUCCUGGUUCCCGCCACGGCCCACGGCGGGGACACCCUGGACGCCGCGCCCCGUGGGCCCUGACCUGGACAGCGCCCUGCCAGGGGCUGCGGAGGACACGGCGGAGGCUGAGGGGUUGCUGGACAGAGCCCCGGAGGGCAUGUGGGGGCCAGAGGCUGGCCCGGGCUGA